UGAGAAGCGAUUGUUUGGCCUAGGCGUCUAGCAAUCAAUGGCUUUGAAAAGUGUUCACAGUCUCAGCAUUCCGACUUGCAUUUCUUCUGUACACAACACUCGCUCAAGGUCACGGUUCUCCAUUUUUCCAGCGUUGAACAAAUCUCCAAGGCUGUCACAUUCUGUUCGCGUAAUGGGCUCUUAUGCUUCUUCUCAGAAACCAGAUAAUGUUCAAGAGGCUAGUAGCAUAGGUUAUGCUUCAAUAAGUGAAGAAGAAUGGAAGAAGCGCCUUACAAAGGAACAAUUUUACAUCACUCGACAGAAGGGAACUGAGAGGGCAUUUACUGGGGAGUAUUGGAACACUAAAACCCCAGGAACUUAUCACUGCAUCUGUUGUGACACACCUUUAUUUGAGUCAUCCACGAAAUUUGACAGCGGGACUGGUUGGCCAUCUUACUAUCAGCCUCUAGGAAAUAAUGUGAAAUCAAAGUUAGACCUGUCAAUUAUUUUCAUGCCUCGCCAAGAAGUUCUUUGUUCUGUUUGUGAUGCUCAUCUUGGUCAUGUCUUUGAUGAUGGUCCGCCACCUACUGGAAAGCGCUAUUGUAUCAACAGUGCAUCCCUGAAACUUAAACCAAAAUAGGAGGAGCUUCCAGGUAUAUAGAACAAGGAUCACUGGUUUUGCGUGUAGAUUCUCCAUCAGUUAUACCCUUGGUGGGUAUGUAUCAUUGUAUCAAAAAGAUAAGAAGUAUUUGGAUAGUAUAGAUAAAUAAAUCGUAAGAACAUGCUGUAUGCUGUUAUUCUAUUACCUUGUCUAUGAUAACAAUUAUGUACCCGUUGGAUUUAGUUAUGCUAAACCUGUAUAAAUAUUUUGAUGCUUUCAUUUGUAACUAGCAACUUUUGCUUUAUCUGUCAAUGGACUGCUUGGUUGGUAGCAUCAAAUCACAUAGAGUUUUUUUGAA